ACAAACUUGGCUUAAACGGUUUGGUGCGAACCAUUGUAAAUUUAGUUGGAUUUCAGUGCGCGAAUCGUACGGUUGGUCGCUACGCAGAAGACCCAAACAUAUGUACGUAGGUAAUGCUCGCGUACAAAAACAACCGCCGGAUUUGUGAAAGGAAUGCAAACAAAUAUUUUAAAUAAGGAUUUAAUUGUGAAGAAAAACUAUUUAACUAAGAAAAACAAACAUUAUAGUGCAAACAAAACACAUUUUGACUGAAUUAUUGGUGAUAAUACGAAGGUCUUGGCGAGAAUAUUUAUACACAAAGCACUUACAAGACCAAAAAAAAAAAAAAUAAACAAAACGAAAACUGCGGUAUUGAAAAUUUUGAAAUUUUGUGUUGAAAAUGUUGCGCUCAAAACGGUUUAUGUUUUUUCCGCUGACACUACUAUUAUGUACCGUUGUAAGCGUUUGUUUCGCUGAUGUGCGUAAUUCCGAAACGGAUGUGUCUUUAAUCAACGAUCAUUUGGAUUGGUCGGCAGAAGAGCACAGUGAUACUAAGUAUGCGGGAAGUGCGGUGGAUCUUCAUUUGCUGCAGGACGAUAAUGCUGUGCUGACACGCACCGAACGGCGGUUAUUUGCCGACAGUUUGCGGAAAGUUGAGGGACAGAAAUGCCGUGACGAGCUGAAUAGUACACUUUGGGCUAUUUUAGGCGGCCAACGUUGGGCCAUCGCAAUGUAUGAUGCGAUGGCCAAAUCCUCGGCCGGUAUCAACAGUGGUGUUUUGCAUCAACUCGGGCACUUUGAUGAAUGUUUGCAACAACAACAAUUCCAUAGCAGUGCGCUCGAAACAGAAGAGGCUGAGCCUGUCGUACGAUCGAAGUAUUGCCUGCUGGACGUACAAAUGAAUGGCUUCACAGUGGAAACUGUGGCAAGCCGACGAAAAGAGGCCCUGAACCGCAAUGGCGAUGCAGUGGUAGUGGCGCUUUGGGGCGCAUGCGUGCCGGCGUCUUGUGAAGCGGUCGAUAUAGCAACUUUUAUGGAAAACUACUUACAACGCCCUGUACUCAGUGCCAACGAGACCGCGUGUCAGCUGAGCAGUGUCGGUGCAGCUAAUGGUGGGCAAUUAUAUGUCGAUGGCGGAAUGUUUGCUUACGCUGUUGUGCUGUUUGUAUUUAUUUUGUUGGCCACACUGAGCACAGCCUACCAUGUCUACUUGAUUUAUGCGUCUAGAAAUGCCGAUGAUGUGUCGAAACGUGCAUUACAACAACAAACAUUGACAAUUGCAUUGCUCUCGUUCUCCGUUAUAGAGAACACAAAGAAGCUGUUUCAGGCGAGCAAAGAUCAGAUGGGCCUCAAUUCGAUUAACGGCAUCAAGGCGAUUGCGAUGUUGCUAAUACUGGCGGGCCAUGCACUGUCGUUCAUCUACAGUAGCCCCACAUACAAUGAAGCAUUUAUCGCAGAGAAAACGAAAUACCCCACAUUUGCAUUCCUUUACAACUCGCUGCUGUUUGUGGAUACCUUUCUGCUGCUGAGCGGUUUCCUGUUUUGUCGCAUUUUGCUAAUCGAGCUCGACCGUCGCCGCGGCCGCAUAAACCCGUUGAUUUUAUAUGUUGGCCGUUACAUUCGCCUGACUCCGGCCUAUAUGGCUAUAAUUGGCUUCUACAUGACCUGGCUCCCGAGCAUUGGCAGUGGCCCAUUGUGGCGGGAGCGCAUCUCACGUGAGCAGGAGCGCUGUCAGGCAUCGUGGUGGCUGAAUAUACUCUAUGUGAAUAAUUACUUCAACACGGAUAAAUUUUGCAUGUUCCAGUCGUGGUAUUUGUCCGUGGACACGCAAUUAUUCUUUAUAGCACCAAUUUUCAUCUAUUUACUAUACAAAGCGCGUAAGUGUGGUCAACGUUUGCUGAUCGCUGCCGUCGUUUGUACUUCACUCAUACCUUUCGUGGUGACGUUCCUGCGUCAUUUGGAUCCGACUUUACUUGUCUAUGCGGACGAAUUAAUUGACUUGGCCAGUAAUAAUUACUACAUUGGCUAUUACAUAAAAACACAUAUGAGAGCCUCGGCCUACUUCAUUGGUUUGCUGACUGGUUUCAUGGUGCAUUUGAUGCAAGAGAAAGGUUUGAAACUGAGUGUGACGCUGGUUCGUAUCGCCUGGCUGCUUUCCACUCUAGCCGGUGUCGGUGCAAUGUUCUCCAUAUGCCGCUUCUACAUAAGUCCAUUUACAAAUGUCGAAAGCUUCCUCUAUGCGGGCUUCCACAAAUUAGCUUGGAAUUUAUCGGUGGCCUGGCUGGUAAUGGCGGCCACAACGGGUCAUGCCGGUUGGCUGCGUGGCUUCCUGAGUAGUCGCGUUUUUGUGCCGAUCAGCCGACUCACCUAUUGCGCCUAUUUGUCCAAUGGCAUAGUGGAGUUAUAUCACUCGUCAACCCUGCGAUAUGCCAGCUAUUGGAAUUAUGUGAACUUGGAAAACGAGUUAAUCAGUCACAUAGUGGACACCUUCGUGUUGGCCAUUGUGCUUUGUUUGCUAUUCGAGUCGCCCAUACACGCUCUGGAACGAAUAUUGUUACGGAACGCGGGUCGUACAGAGAAGCGUUCACAAUCAGAAGAGAAUCAAAGUCCCAGCACCUCAGAGGAACAGGUGGCGUAGUCCAGUACCCCAAGCACCAAAAUAAACGAUUUUGUUUCAAAAUUGUUUUUUUUGAAGUGCUAAAUAUAUGAUAAAUAUAUGUACAUAUAUAUUAUGUAAUAUAUGUAAGUUUAGCUUAUAACAGGUUUUGAUAGUUAAAUGUUAAGAGUAUUUUGUGAUUUUUAUAGCUUUUAAGUUCGAUUAACAUGAUUUUACACAUACAUACAUAUGUAUGAACACAGAUGAAUUUUUAAGGAGGGUGAGCAUUUAUAUAUUGUAUAUAUACA